AUGAGCCCGGAACAAUUGAACGGCUCGAAAGGUCGCCACCGAUUAACACGUUCAGACUCCAUAUACACACUCGGUCGUGCCACCUUCACCGGCCAAUUGGCACGGUUGACGAGCGUACGGUUGCCGGAAGCUGACGCUCUUGCGCGGAGAAUCUCAUCGAUACCUUCUUCUAUUGAGGCUGCCUUGGUCUUGUCAGAUGCUCAUGACCAGAUUCAUGUAUGGAUCGGCAAAGCAUCCGACGUAUUAAAUGGACUGAAUGCGGAAGAUGAUGUGGAAUGGGCCGCAGCGGGUGGCCGUGAAGGUAUCGCAGAAGUGGACGGCGCCAUCAACCGAUUUGAGCGACUUGUGGAGGUGUACAUUUCUUCCAUCGAGAAGCUUCAAGGACGGGACGACAUCUCGAAACUGCCUGCGCAAGACCUCAUAAUGGUUGCAAAACAAAUGGAGAGCAUCAUCGCAAGCUGGAAGAACAUCCGGAGGACACUAAACAGCAUCCAAGAUCAGGUCGAGAUCGCAAUGGACUGGGAAGACCUGUGGAAUACUGUGCUUGGCGAGAUUGGGCAGGAAAUGGCUGGCCUGAAUUCAUUGGUGUUUGAGAUGGAAGAGAAGCGUCACGAAGGUGCCGAGAAUCUGCUAGGAGGCUCAAAAGAGGCAAUGAAUCUCGACGAGCUGGAGACCAUCAUCGAGGAAGGAAAUGGCAGAGCCAAACGGCAAAGCCGCAAUGCUCAGCAAUCCUCAACACCUACCACGCCAAUCUCACCACAUUCAACCCAGCCGACAGCUAUCGAUCUGAAGGAAGAUUCGAACUUGCUUGCCCUCUUCGCUCGUAUGGAGCCAUUGCGUGCCUCGUUGGACUUUCUCCCAAUGAGGUUAUCAGCGUGGAGUAUCAGAGGAAAUGUCGUCUUUCCGACAGCAUGUCAAGAACUCGAGACUCGACGAGAUCAGCUUGAAGAGGCUUGGAAUAAGCUUUCAUCCGACGCAAACUCACUUCGACGGGAACUUGGCGAAGAUAAAUGGAUCCAGCUGUUCCGCAAUGCCGGGAGGAAAGCAUUCAAGAUCUACGAAUCAAUACUCCGAAGCUUCGACAAACUCAAAGAGGGCAUCGAAGCGGGUGAGCAGCAGUCACAUUGGACCGCAUUCUCGAAGAAAGCGGAGAACUACGAAGCGAAGAAGCUUCACUACAGCCCGGCCAUUGAACGCGUUCUGGCAAUCAUCGACCGUGGCGUGCUCGAUCGUUUGACUGUCAACGGCGAAAUUCUACGUUUGCAAAGCGACUUGAGAGGUCGAUGGAUUGUGUUACAGACGCAGAUGAAAGAGCUCGAUCACAUCGUCGAGGAUGUACUUGCCGAAAACCACGAAAGGCAACUGCACGAUUCCGUAUCGACGGUUGUAUCGAGCGAGAGAUCCGCGGGCAGCAGUCAUGUCGACACCCCUGGAAGCUCGCCAAACAGUAGUGUACUC